AUGGGGGACCCUCAGGGUGGAGUAAAUUUUCCUUUUUUUCUUCUAACUCUUCUUCUCUCUCUCCUUUUCAUCUGUCUCACUUUCUUUUGCUCUCCUCUCCAUCUUUAUGACUGUUUCACUCUCUCCCUUCCUCUCUCCAUCUUUAUGACUGUCUCACUCUCCUUCCUUCUCAUCUUGACUGUUCUCUCAUCUUAUGACUGUCUACUCUCUCCAUCUUAUGACUCUCCUCUCUCCAUUUGUAUGUCACUCUCUCUCUAUCCCUCACUCUCUCCAUCUUUAUGACUGUCUCACUCUCUCCAUCUUUAUGACUCUCUCACUCUCUCCAUCUUAUGACUGUCUCACUCUCUCCAUCUUUAUGACUGUCUAACUCUCUCUCUUCCACUCUCCGUCUAACCUAAGCCAUCUCCAUUGUCACAACUCUCAUCUCAUCUCAUGUUCACUCAUCACACUGCAGGAAAGAGUAUACUUUUUUGUUCAGAGCAAGCAGCCUCUGAGAUCAUAGCAACUAGGCUGUUUAAGACCAAGCAAUGUAGACUUUAUUUCAUUGAGAAUUAAAGAAAGACAGAACGAAGGAGGAGGAAUGGAGGGAGGGUGGGGAAAGAACAAGCGUUUUGAAAAUUGCCGUUGGCCCCCACCCAAGACCCAGUCGUUGUGGUAAUGAGGGGUUAGGAGCUACGUUAUUGCUCCCAGAUGCCGUGCUGGUUUUCUCCAGCCUUUGAUGCGAGCCUGUCACCAGCACUUUUCAAUCUGCCUUCACACACACACACACACACACACACACACACACACACACACACACACACACACACGCACACACACACACGCACACAUCAUAGAGUAUACAAGUGCAAACACACAUACACACACUGGUCCAACACACAUACACACACUGGUCCAACACACAUACAGCUGGGCUUUGGGAGUAGUUCUGGGUGUAAGGAGGUUGGAUCUGGUUCGGGAGUGUGUGGCUUUUCAGACAACAUAAGGUCAGAAAGGUUGUUCCUUUAAGAGUUGUGUGUGUGCAUGUAUACAGUACAUUUGCGUGUGUAUGUAUGUACGUGUACUUUUGUCUGUGCACCUCUGUAUGCGUCUGUGCUCACGUGUGUGUGUGUGUGUGUCUUGAAGGGAACAUUUGUGUGAGGCUCUUGUUUGGAUUACCCAAGCGGGGGCUGGAGGGGACGUGAAGUGUGUUUAUGAAUCCAACGUGAACUUCCUCUGGCUUUAUAAUUAGGCUGGUAUUCCUCACAAGCAAAACAAAACAAUGGAACGCAUUUCAACUCGCUCUGUGGUCUGUUGGAUAAGUUUAUACAUACCUAGCAUCAACAUGUUCUCUGGCCAGAGUGAGGUUUUAGGAAAGGGCUGGGUGUGUUGGUGUCUUAGGUGAGUAAGAAGUUCUCACACACUCGCUGAGCUGAAUUAAUCAUUUACAGAAGUGUUUGUCCGUCUCUGCUCACAUGUGUAGACUGUCAUAGAAUAGUGUUUGUGUGUACGUGUGUUUGUCUGACCUAAAAGUGUGUCCCGUGCUGCCGAGCUGACUUUGCUGGUUUUAUAGGAACAUGUGGAGAAUCACUCAGUCUGUCUGCAGUCUCCCUCAGUCUCUACUGGGAGAUGGAAGGAGGAGAGGGAGAGGGGGAGUCAUACGUCUCUCCCGACACACAGUAGUGCAGCCUCCCCUCUCACCCUCUGAUGGCUUCCUUGUGUGUGUGUGUGUGUGUGUGUGUGUGUGUGUGUGUGUGUGUGUGUGUGUGUGUGUGUGUGUGUGUGUGUGUGUGUGUGUGUGAGUUAUAGCAGUCUGUCUGAGUGAUUAAGUGCAGCGUGAAUCCUCAGAGUGCAGUGUGUUAGUCUGAGGCUGUGUCUAUGGGGCCAUACAUGGCUCAGUGCCCACUCUAUGUCACUCUGGCUCUUCCUCUUUUCCUCACACUCCUCCGUCUCCCUCCAUCCCACUCCCACACAUCCACCUCUCUGGCCUAUCUCUUGUACUUCUCUUUUACCCCACCUUUCCAGUUUGUGCUACUCUGUUUCUUUCUCUCUCUCUCUGUCGCUCUGUCUUUCAUCCCCUGCUCUCUUUCAUUCCUGCUCUCUCUGCCUCUCUCCUCCCUUCCCUCCCUCCCUCUCCUCACUUUUCCCUCUUUUUUUUCACUGGCCAGGGGAAAGGAAAAUGUGUGAGUCAGUGAAAGGCCACACCCUCGCUGGGAGAGAUGGAGAGAAAGAGAGAAUGAGAGAGAGUAGAGGGAGGACUGGGACUCCUUUAGUGUGGUGAUGUCACCCUCUGGUGUCCAUGGUAACCGCUUAUUUAGUCUCCGGUAGUGGACACCUGGGCACACUAACUAGGCCUGUUGAUCGUCACUCCACAGUGGUGUGUGUGUAUGUCCGUCCUAAGGGGAAUGUAACCAUUUGACUGUGCAGGCCUGAACCCCUUUGAUGAGGGGAGGUUGGUUAUGGUGUACACUGUAUGUAAAGGGAAAGGCUGGGCAGAAUGGGAAGGGAAGGGCCGUGGUUGGACACGUUUCUAAAGUUUAAGAGAAACUGUGCUUGUCCAUAGCCAUAGGGGAGUCUGUGUCUUUUGGGGUAGAGCAUAGCCACACACACACAGACACUGGGUGGGAUGGAUCACUUUAGUAACAGUUGGUUCUGAAGCUCAGUGGAGUGUGACCACAGGGUGUGUGUUACACUACUCGUCUGCCCAGUUCUGGGUCUUAGCGCUUGGCUCAGUUCUGUGGGUCACAUCCCUUGAUUCUGGGUGUCUUUAAGCUGGCUUUCUGAGCUUUGCUCUCUCUCUCUCUCUCUUCUCAUAUCUGCUCUCUCUUCUAUCUAUCCUCUCUCUCUUAUCUGAUCUCUAUUCUCGAAUGCUCUCUCCUAUAUCUAUACUAUCUCUCUACUCUCUCUCUCUCUCUCUCCUCAUCUCUCCUCUCUCUCUCUCUCUCUCUCCUCUACUCUCCUCUCUCUCUCUCUCUCUCUCUCUCUUAAUCUAAAAACAAAUGAUAUGUGGAUUCAAGUCUCCAACUCUCCAACCAAAUAUAAAAAGGGAUCAAGCCAGUGGCUCAGAUGGAAUAUCCAAGCAGUAGUUAGGCCUACAUAUCCUUUCAAUGUUGAUACAGUGCCUUGCAAAAUUAUUCAUCCCCCUUGGCAUUUUUCCUAUUUUGUUGCAUUACAACCUGUAGUUUAAAUGGAUUUUUAUUUGGAUUUCAUGUAAUGGACAUACACAAAUUAGUCCAAAUUGGUGAAGUGAAAUGAAAAAAAUAACUUAUUUCAAUAAAUUCUAAAAAAUAAAUAACGGAAAAGUGGUGCGUGCAUAUGUAUUCACCCCCUUUGCUAUGAAGCCCCUAAAUAAUAUCUUGUUCAACCAAUUACCUUCAGAAGUCACAUAAUUAGUUAAAGAAAGUCCACCUGUGUGCAAUCUAAGUAUAACAUGAUCUGUCACAUGAUCUCAGUAUAUAUGCACCUGUUCUGAAAGGCCCCAGAGUUUGCAACACCACUAAGCAAGGGGCACCAACAAGCAAGCGGCACCAUGAAGACCAAGGAGCUCUCCAAACAGGUCAGGGACAAAGUUGUGGAGAAGUACAGAUCAGGGUUGGGUUCUAAAAAAAUAUCUGAAACUUUGAACAUCCCACGGAGCACCAUUAAAUCCAUUAUUAAAAAAUGGAAAGAAUAUGGCACCACAACAAACCUGCCAAGAGAGGGCCGCCCACCAAAACUCACGGACCAGGCAAGGAGGGCAUUAAUCAGAGAGGCAACAAAGAGACCAAAGUUAACCCUGAAGGAGCUGCAAAGCUCCACAGCGGAGAUUGGAGUAUCUGUCCAUAGGCCCACUUUAAGCCGUACACUCCACAGAGCUGAGCUUUACGGAAGAGUGGGCAGAAAAAAAGCCAUUGCUUAAAGAAAAAAAUAAGCAAACACGUUUGGUGUUCGGCAAAAGCCAUGUGGGAGACUCCCCAAACAUAUGGAAGAACAUCUCCUUCACUCUGGUCAGAUGACUAAAAUUGAACUUUUUGGCCAUCAAGGAAAACGCUAUAUCUGGCGCAAACCCAACACAUCUCAUCACCCCGAGAACACCAUCCCCACAGUGAAGCAUGGUGGUGGCAGCAUCAUGCUGUGGGGAUGUUUUUCAUCGGCAGGGACUGGGAAACUGGUCAGAAUUGAAGGAAUGAUGGAUGGCGCUAAAUACAGGGAAAUUCUUGAGGGAAACCUGUUUCAGUCUUCCAGAGAUUUGACACUGGGACGGAGGUUUACCUUCCAGCAGGACAAUGACCCUAAGCAUACUGCUAAAGCAACACUCAAGUGGGGGAAACAUUUAAAUGUCUUGGAAUGGCCUAGUCAAAGCCCAGACCUCAAUCCAAUUGAGAAUCUGUGGUAUGACUUAAAGAUUGCUGUACACCAGCUGAACCCAUCCAACUUGAAGGAGCUGGAGCAGUUUUGCCUUGAAGAAUGGGCAAAGAUCCCAGUGGCUAGAUGUGCCAAGCUUAUAGAGACAUACCCUAAGAGACGUGCAACUGUAAUUUAUGCAAAAGGUGGCUCUACAAAGUAUUGACUUUGUUUUUUUUUGUUUUAUUUCUUGUUUGUUUCACAAUAAACAAUAUUUUUCAUCUUCAAAGUGGCAUGAUUUAGGCAUGUUGUGUAAAUCAAAUGAUACAAACCCCCCUAAAAUCCAUUUUAAUUCCAGGUUGUAAGGCAACACAAUUCAAUAUUACUUUUGUAAUACAGUAAAUAGCCUUAAGUUAAGGCUAUCUGACAAACUAAUGUAACAUUAAAACUUAAAAUGAGGAACAUUCAUGGCCACAUUUUGAGGUUACUGUAACUAUAAAUGCCUUCUUAUGUAAUCAUAGAAAGUGUACAUGUUCAAGAUAGCAUGCAUAGUUCAUCUCAGGUCUGUGGAGAUCUUCACAAUUUAUGUAAUAAUCUGUGCAGAAUCUCGAACGCAUUGAUCAAUUGUACCAUGCACUUUUAAUGUAAACUGCAAUCCAGGUAAUUUAGUUCUGCUAUUAGAGGAAGCACAGGGAUACACAUUAAUCUGUUGUAUAAAUAAACAAAAUAUCUGACAUUGUAUUCACAUUUGAACUUUGCUGGGCUUUUAAAUGGUUGAAAGUGCAGUGAUAGACAUUUGGUUGACAACUAAACCAAAAUUCUGACAUUGUUUUUUCAUUGGAAUUUGUUUGUGCUUUUAGAUGGUUGAAUCAUAGUGAUACACAUUUUUCUUUCUUUCUUUCUUUCUUUCUUUCUUUCUUUCUUUCUUUCUUUCUUUCUUUCUUUCUUUCUUUCUUUCUUUCUUUCUAUCUGACUCUCUCUCGCUCUCUGUCUCUGUGAGUGUGUGUGGGUUCAUACUUUAGACUACCGUCUCUAACCUGUGUAUUGUUUACUCUGCCUCCUGCAGGAGAAAGAGAAGAAGUACAUGCUCCAGGUGGACAACCUGAGGCUGAGGGAUGUGGAGAAGGGCUUCAUGUCCAGCAAGCAGAUCUUUGCCCUGUUCAACACGGAGCAAAGGUACGUUCUUAAGUGGACAUUUCAUAUUUUCAUGUCAGAUGUUUUAAGCUAAUUUAUGGAAUUUCUUUCCUUCUUAAUGCAUUUGAGCCAAUCAGUUGUGUUGUGAGCCAGUUAAGUAUACAUUAUUUGGGCUUUGAGUAAAGCCAGUGUGUCUACAGUGGCUUGCGAAUGAUGCUGCCCCCACCAUGCUUCACUGUGGGGAUGGUGUUCUCGGGGUGAUGAGAGGUGUUGGGUAUAUAUAUACAAUCCUCUUCUGGAUCAUCCAAAUGCACUCUAGCAAACUUCAGACGGGCCUGGACAUGUACUGGCUUAAGCAGGGGGACACGUCUUGCACUGCAGGAUUUGAGUCCCUGGCGGCGUAGUGUGUUACUGAUGGUAGGCUUUGUUACUUUGGUCCCAGCUCUCUGCAGGUCAUUCACUAGGUCCCCCUGUGUGGUUCUGGGAUUUUUGCUCACCGUUCUUGUGAUCAUUUUGACCCCACGGGGUGAGAUCUUGCGUGGAGCCCCAGAUCGAGGGAGAUUAUCAGUGGUCUUGUAUGUCUUCCAUUUCCUAAUAAUUGCUCCCACAGUUGAUUUCUUCAAACCAAGCUGCUUACCUAUUGCAGAUUCAGUCUUCCCAGCCUGGUGCAGGUCUACAAUUUUGUUUCUGGUGUCCUUUGACAGCUCUUUGGUCUUGGCCAUAGUGGAGUUUGGAGUGUGACUGUUUGAGGUUGUGGACAGGUGUCUUUUAUACUGAUAACAAGUUCAAACAGGUGCCAUUAAUACAGGUAACGAAUGGAGGACAUAGGAGCCUCUUAAAAAAGAAGUUACAGGUCCGUGAGAGCCAGAAAUCUUGCUUGUUUGUAGGUGACCAAAUACUUAUUUUCCACCAUAAUUUGCAAAUAAAUUCAUUAAAAAUCCUACAAUGUGAUUUUCUGGAAAAGAUAUUCUCAAUUUGUCUGUCAUAGUUGAUGUGUACCUAUGAUGAAAAAUACAGGCCUCUCUCAUCUUUUUAAGUGGGAGAACUUGCACAAUUGGUGGCUGACUAAAUACUUUUUCCCCCCACUGUAUGCACGCACCACUUUUCCUUUAUUUACUUUUUAGAAUUUAUUGAAACAAGUUAUUUUUUUCAUUUCACUUCACCAAUUUGGACUAUUUUGUGUAUGUCCAUUACAUGAAAUACAAGUUCAAAUCCAUUUACAUUACAGGUUGUAAUGCAACAAAAUGAAUAGUUUUGCAAGGCACUGUAUGUAUGCAGAUGAUUCAACACUAUACACGUCAGCUACCACAGUGACUGAAAUGACAGCAACACUUAACAAAGAGCUGCAGUUAGUUUCAGAAUGGGUGGCAAGGAAUACGUUAGUCCUAAAUAUUUCAAAAACUCAAAGCAUUGUAUUUGGGACAAAUCAUCCGCUAAACCCUAAACCUCAACUAAAUCUUGAAUGAAUAAUGUGGAAAUUGAGCAAGUUGAGGAGACUAAAUUGCUUGGACUAACCCUGGAUUGUAAACUGUCAUGGUCAAAACAUAUUGAUACAACAGUAGCUAGGAUGGGGAGAAGUCUGUCUAUAAUAAGGCGCUGCUCUGCAUUCUUAACAGCACUUUCAACAAGGCAGGUCCUACAGGCCCUAGUUUUGUCGCACCUGUACUACUGUUCAGUCGUGUGGUCAGGUGCCACAAAGAGGGACAAUUGCAAUUGGCUCAGAACAGGGCAGCACGGCUGGCCCUUGGAUGUACACAGAGAGCUAACAUUAAUAAUAUGCAUGUCAAUCUCUCCUGGCUCAAAGUGGAGGAGAGAUUGACUUCAUCACUACUUGUAUUUGUGAGAGGUAUUGACAUGUUGAAUGCACCGAUCUGUCUGUUUGAACUACUGGCACACAGCUCAGACACCCAUGCAUACCCCACAAGACAUGCCACCAGAGGUCUCUUCACAGUCCCCAAGUCAAGAACAGACUAUGGGAGGCGCACAGUACUACAUAGAGCCAUGACUACAUGGAACUCUAUUCCACAUCAAGUAACUCAUGCCAGCAGUAAAAUUAGAUUUACAAAAACAGAUAAAAAUACACCUUAUGGAACAGCGGGGACUGUGAAGCAACACAAACAUAGUGUUCCUCUGUAGUAGUCCUCUGUAGCUCAAUUGGUAGAGCAUGGCGCUUGUAACGCCAGGGUAGUGGGUUCGAUCCCCGGGACCACCCAUACGUAAAAAUGUAUGCACACAUGACUGUAAGUCGCUUUGGAUAAAAGCGUCUGCUAAAUGGCAUAUUAUAAUUAUAUUAUAGACACUUGCAUACAAACACACGAUAACAUACGCACUAUACACACAUGUACACAUGGAUUUUGUGUCAUUGAUAUGUGGUAGUAGAGUAGAGGCCUGAAGGCACACACUUAAUAUGUUGUGAAAUCUGUUAUGAAUGUAUUGUAAUGUUUUUAAAAUGUAUAACUGCCUUAAUUUUGCCGGACCCCAGGAAGAGUAGCUGCUGCGUCGGCAGCAGCUAAUGGGGAUCCAUAAUAAAUACAAAUUUAAAUGAUGCCCCUGCACACACACACACACUCAGAGUUGCCCCUCUGUGUCCACAGGAAUGUAUAUAAGGACUACCGUCAGCUGGAGUUGGCCUGCGAGAGUCAGGAGGAGAUAGAUGGGUGGAAGGCCUCCUUCCUUAGAGCUGGAGUGUAUCCUGAACGCGUCACGGUACGAAACACACACACACACUGGCAUAGACCUUCACAUUUUAGUCAGUAACUCCACCAGUCCAAAACAUGUUGUUGAUUGUGAUGAUGGUUUGCUUUCACAGUACUAGUAGAGUCAGUCAUUUAAUGUUCAACACCAUCUCUGGGGCUGCAGGUAGCUUAGUGGUUCAGAGCGUUGUGCCAGUAUCGCUGGUUCUAAUCCCCGAGCCGACUAGGUGAAAAAUCUGUCGACGUGCCCUUGAGCAAGGCACUCAACCCUAAUUGCUCCUGUAAGUCGCUCUGGAUAAGAGCGUCUGCUAAAUGACUAAAAUGUAAAUCUCUCUCUGUCCCUGUCCCUCUCUCUCUCUGUAUGUCCUUUGUUGCUGUUGGACCCAAUAGGAGAAGGAGGGCAAGGUAUGUGCUUUGUGUCUUGAUGUCUAUUCCAACUCUUCACCCCUUUUACACAGUUUUCUCUAGAGCUUUGCUCAAGCUACAGAGGUAUGAUCUUAAUUUGAUCACUCUUUUUCAAACUUGUAGUGUAUUUGAGGUUUAAAAAGGCUUCUAAAGUUUGUCUUUUCCACUUUAAAAUAUCAAACUUGAUUUGCCCUAACGAAAAAUGUAUCAACCCUUACAAAACAUGUCCAUUAAUUAUAAUCCACAUAAUAAUUCACAUUUCCUGUUACUGCAGGUUUAUUUUCCUGCUGUAGCAAACUGGCUCAAAUUAAGAUCCUACAUCUGUAGUGUUGCCAAUUUAAUUUGAUACUGAACUCUGAUUGGCUCUAAUGAUUUAUACAGUGCUGCGCCUCCUCUCUCGUCUCGCCUCAUUGGCUGUUUCUAAUCAACAGCCCAGUCAUUCAUCAUUCGAACCAGGCCAGGAAGUUCAAAUGUCACUCUCAUCAGGGUUCUGCUAUAGCUGUAUAGUACAACCAUCUGAUUGUAAUAGGCUAAGCAAAUAAAGGAAUUAGCAUUGGGGCAUGAGCCAAGAGAAAGUGGUAGAGACAGAGAGAUGUUGUCUCCAAUGGCUCCCCACAGUGAUUUCACAGACUACGCAAACAGAGCCAAGGAACUCCAUUUGCGUGGCGUUCCAAAAAUUCAGCCACACAAAAGUACGUAGAACUACGUAGAUAGCUACACAAAUGAAGCUCUGUCGGAUCCGUUAGGGAUCCGUUGCAUCGACUGUGUGGAGCCCUGGCUCAGUGUGAAAUUAUUUCUCUAUAGUGACAGUUUAGGAGUGCUAUUUAGUGGAUGUUAUUAAUUAUCUGUGAUAUUAAGGAUUGUUUCACUACUUGUUGUGAUUAGAGAGCUCAGAGGGGGCAGAUUUUUCCUGUACAAAAAAGUACAUAUACUGUAUAUUAAAACAAUUAUAAUAAUAAUAAAAAAAUUAUCUGUAAUACUACUAGCCACUUAGCAAUUUUAUGAAGUUGACUUUAGCUAGCCAAAUAGGUUCCCAAUCUACCAAGAAGCCAUUUCAGGCUAUUAAGUUAGAGUAGCUAGCUAGUCUAACUAUCUUAGCUGGCAUGCCUGCUGGUAAGAUUAGUAACAUGUACUGAAUAAGACUCACAUUCCUUUCAUUAUUUUACCCAGAUUUUAGCAGAGAUGCAGAGAAGCAUAUUUAGUUUCUUUAAAAAAAGAACCACAAGUCAGGAGGAUACAGACAGCUCAAGAGGUAGGCUUAGAUAUACAUAUAUAUUUUUUUUAUAUACAUAGAAUUAAGCCUAAUGAUUAUGGCUCUAGAUUGCAGGAAUAAGCUGUUUCCGGUGUUUGAAAAAUGCAAAAUUCUCAAACGUAUGGACCUAGCCCCCUUCCAGAACCCCUCCUCUAGGCAUCCUCACGUACUUUGUGCUUCCUCAGAAUUUUGGGGUGCAUGACGCCCCUGAGAGGGCUCCUUCUUUCUCCACUCAAUAUUUCUCUCUUUCUCUUUCUUUUCUCCCUCUCCCUGUCCCUCUCCUUUUGCAUCUCCCUCUCCCUCCCCCCUUCUCUCUGUCUCUCUCUCUCUCUCUCUCUCUUUCCAUCUCAUUCUCCCCCUCUUUCCCUCUUCCUCUCCCUCUCCCUGUCCACCUCUCUUCCCUUCCCUCUAAUCCCCUCCUCCCUGGUGUUGUCCACCAGCAGAGUGACAGUGGAGAUGGAGAGAACGGCUCAGAUAACUUCAUGCACUCCAUGGACCCCCAGCUGGAGAGGCAGGUGGAGACCAUCCGCAACCUGGUGGACUCCUACAUGGCCAUCGUCAACAAGACCGUCAGGGACCUCAUGCCCAAGACCAUCAUGUACCUCAUGAUCAACAAUGUGAGUCCCACUCCCCAUUGGUCACUUUAGACUAGUGGUGUCAAAGUAAUCUUCUGGAGGGCCAGCUGAUUCACACCAGCUGAUUUUUUUAUGAAAAAAUGUAUGCACUCACUAACUGUAAGUCGCUCUGGAUAAGAGCGUCUGAUAAAUGACUAAAAAUGUAAAAAAAUAUAUACAAAAAUGAUUUUCAUCAUUGUCUUUUAAUCUGUGUCUGAUUGGUUUAGACUUAGGAAACCAGCAGUCCUGUGGAAUCUCUAGCCAAUCAGCGACAAGAAUGGAUCAAAUAAGGGCUCGAUUCAAUCAGAUCCGCUUUAGCCGACAUCCGCAUAGCGGUCGUUUUGAUGGUGUCGGAGGUGGAACUGUGUUAGAGCUGUCAAAUCCACAAGUAGCUUCCGGCAUUACACCUAAAGCAGACAUUGCCAUUGGCUGCACGAAGUUGCAUUAACAGAAAUCCCAAGCAGCCUUGUUUACAAGUUUGAACACUGGAAUCUGAGAUGUAUUCUACACCUCGAUUAAGAUGAUAGAAAUCUUAAUUCUUUUGUUUAAUGAUCUUUCAAUUUGAGCAUCAAUAUUUCUAUAACGACUACACUUUCUCGUUCUGAACUUCUAACACGAGUGGGAAGGGUUUGGCUUCAUGACAAUGAUUGCAAAAGCAGCUGCUCACCGAUUUGACGGUUCCAACGCAGUUCCACCUCCGACACCGCCAAAACAUCCACUAUGCGGCUGUCUGUUAUCGCCGGUUAACGCUUGAUCUGAUUGAAUUUAGGCCUAAGUGCAAAGGAGGAAGAAAAACCUGUCAUCUCCACCGCAACUCUUUGUUAUUGUUGUAAACAAAAACGUACAUCUCCAAAUCCCCGCCUCUUCCCCCCUCCUUCACACAGACCAAGGAGUUCAUCAACGCGGAGCUACUGGCCAACCUGUACCACUCUGGGGACCAGAACAGCCUGAUGGAGGAGUCCCAGGAGCAGGCCCAUCACCGCGACGAGAUGCUCCGCAUGUACCACGCCCUGAAGGAGGCCCUGAACAUCAUCGGAGACAUCAGCACCACCACCAUCACCACCGCCAUGCCACCACCCGUAGACGACUCCUGGUUGAGGCCGGGGGGAAACAACUCCGGGGGCAGGUACGGAUGGAGGGAGAGCAGGAGGGUGGGGAAAUGGGGGAGAGGGAUGGAAGGAGGUCAAUUGCUCUGGAGGCAGGUACGGAUGGAGGGAGAGCAGGAGGGUGGGGAAAUGGGGGAGAGGGAUGGAAGGAGGUCAAUUGCUCUGGAGGCAGGUACGGAUGGAGGGAGAGCAGGAGGGUGGGGAAAUGGGGGAGAGGGAUGGAAGGAGGUCAAUUGCUCUGGAGGCAGGUACGGAUGGAGGGAGAGCAGGAGGGUGGGGAAAUGGGGGAGAGGGAUGGAAGGAGGUCAAUUGCUCUGGGGGCAGGUACGGAUGGAGGGAGAGCAGGAGGGUGGGGAAAUGGGGGAGAGGGAUGGAAGGAGGUCAAUUGCUCUGGAGGCAGGUACGGAUGGAGGGAGAGCAGGAGGGUGGGGAAAUGGGGGAGAGGGAUGGAAGGAGGUAAAUUGCUCUGGGGGCAGGUACGGAUGGAGGGAGAGCAGGAGGGUGGGGAAAUGGGGGGAGAGGGAUGGAAGGAGGUCAAUUGCUCUGGAGGCAGGUACGGAUGGAGGGAGAGCAGGAGGGUGGGGAAAUGGGGGAGAGGGAUGGAAGGAGGUCAAUUGCUCUGGGGGCAGGUACGGAUGGAGGGAAAGCAGGAAAAUUGAAUAAUAAUAAUAAUAAUACAAAAUAUAUGCCAUUUAGCAGACGCUUAUCCAAAGUGACUUACAGUCAUGUGUGCAUACAUUUUACAUAUGGAUGGUUCCGGGGGGAAUAAGGGAAUGGAAAGGAGAGGAUGAGGGGAGGAGGACUGGAUGCUCAGUAAUGUUUUUUCUUACCAUGACCAUGACACUCCUCAAUGUUUCGUUACACUGGUGUUGUGGCCUCCCCUGCUGGUGUGUAAGAGAACUGACUGCCAAUGCACUCUCUCUCUCUUUCUCUCUCUCUCUCUCUCUCUCUCUCUCUCUUUUUCUCUCUCUCUCUAUCUCUUUCUCUCUCUCUCUCUCUCUUUCUCUCUCUCACUCCCUCUCUCCCUCCCCCCUCUCAGGUCUCCAGCCGCCAGUCCCACUCCAAAUAGAAGGGCUCCCCCAGGUCUUCCUGGUCGCCCUGUCUCCCGUGGCUCAGCCCCUGGCCUCCCUCCUGGCCCCCCUGUCCCCUCUCGCCCGGGGGCCUCCCCGGACCCCUUCAGUGGGCCACCCCCAUCAGUCCCCUCCCGGCCUAACCGUGCACCCCCUGGUGUGCCCAGGUGAGUGGAACCGAACCAAACGUUACAUCUCAACGCAAAAGUAACCAAGUCUAUCAAUGUAUAACACUACAAUAGGUCCUACAGGGAGACAGACACAAGCCAUUGAGGUUUUGUAAGGGAUACUAUGAGAAUGAUGACAAGGAAAUGACAUCCAAGCUGAAGUGUCAAUGCUAUGUGUUGCUAAGGGGGAUAUGAAGACGCCAGGAGGGUUGAUGGAGGUAAAUGAGAGUUGAGAGCAUGUUGUGAUAGAGGAUAGAUCCAUAUAGAUAGAGGAUGUCAGGUCCAGGAGAUGCUGCUGGCUAGAGAACAGAUGGGUGGUAGAGGGAGGACGGACGAGAGGCAUGUCAUAGAUUGAUCCCCUCCAAAAGCCCACCCCUGUAGUAAAACAAUGCCACAUACAAGAUCACACACUGCUUACAGUGCAUUCGGAAAGUAUUCAGACUCCUUGACUUUCCCCACUUUUUGUUACAUUAGAGCCUUAUUCUAAAAUGUAUUAAAUAGUUUUUUUCCCCUCAUCACAAUACCCCAUAAUGACAAAGCGAAAACAGGUUUUUAGAAAUGUUUGCAAAUGUAUUAUAUAAAAUGUACAUAAGUAUUCAGACCCUUUGCUAUGAGACUCUAAAUUGAGCUCAGGUGCAUCCUGUUUCCAUUGAUCAUCCUUGAGAUGUUUCUACAACUUGAUUGGAGUCCACCUGUGGUAAAUUCAAUUGAUUGGACAUGAUUUGGAAAGGCACACACCUGUCUAUAUAAGGUCCCACAGUUGACAGUGCAUGUCAGAGCAAAAACCAAGCCAUGAGGUCGAAGGAAUUGACCGUAGAGCUCCGAGACAGGAUUGUGGGUACCAAAACAUUUCUGCAGCAUUGAAGGUCCCCAAGAACACAGUGGCCUCCAUCAUUCUUAAAUGGAAGAAGUUUGGAACCACCUAGACUCUUCCCUGAGCUGGCCGCCUGGGCAAACUGAGCAAUCGAGGGAGAAGGGCCUUGGUCAGGGAGGUGACCAAGAAGCCGAUGGUCAAUCUGACAGAGCUCCAGAGUUCCUCUGUGGAGAUGGGAAAACCUUCCAGAAGGAAGGCAACGCAGGAGUGGCUUCGGGACAAGUCUCUGAAUGUCCUUGAGUGGCCCAGCCAGAGCCUGUACUUGAACCUGAUCGAACAUCUCUGGAGAGACCUGAAAAUAGCUGUGCAGCGACGCUCCCCAUCCAAUCUGACACAGCUUGAGAGGAUCUGCAGAGUAUGAAUGGGAGAAACUCCUCAAAUACAGCUGUGCCAAGCUUGUAGCGUCAUACCCAAUAAGACUUGAGGCUGUAAUUGCUGCCAAAGGUGCUUCAAUAAAGUACUGAAUAAAGGGUCUGAAUACUUAUGUAAAUGUGAUAUCAAUCUUUUAUUUUUAAUACAUUUGCAAAAAUAUAUAAAAACCUGUUUUUGCUGUGUCAUUAUGGGGUAUUGUGUGUAGAUUGAUGAGGAAAAAAAACAAUUUAAUCAAUUUUAGAAUAAGGCUAUAACGUAACAAAAUGUGGAAAAAGUCAAGGGGUCUGAAUACUUUCCGAAGGCACUGUAUACACACGUAUACACACACCUGAUAUAUUUUCUACUUACGUUGUUGUUUACUGACAUUACUUACUGCCAAGAAGGUUUUUAGUAUUACCAACUUACAUUUCCUACACACUAAUAUAACCAUACUUGUAAAGACCUUAACAGCUUUAAGCACUUUUACCACUUUUUACUAGCAGUGGCCUUUGCUAGAAUCUAUGGUUUUGUAGUGGAGACCUAUCCUAUAUCCCACGCUCUUAUUCUUUCUAGUUUAGGAAUAGUGUCUCUUGUCUACUCAAUCUCUCCAUGUGGCAAUAAACAGAGAGAGAAAUAGAAAGGGGAGAGUGGGAUUCUUUGAUUUUUUUUGUUCUCUGUUCAACUGUGUCCGCACUGCUAAUGUUUGCCUUGUGUUUGCCUGUGGUUGUAAGCUAAUGGACACUGUACUGAUCUGAUAUGAACUCACGGUCAGGGCAGCAGCUUGCCUUACUGAGGGAGACACACACGUUGCCUGACACUGCUCUCGUUCACACAUACCCUCAACCGUCCUAAUAAUGCUUUCACAAUGACUUUAAGCCAUGUUGGAACCAAUAACCCGAAAUCAACCACUAAAUAAUGGUCCAAAUCUGAAUGGUCCAGGGUGAGAGCAUAGCCUUGUCAUGUGACGUGGGUCUCUCCUGCACUGUAACCUGUAUGAGUUUGUUUGCACUCCUCUUCCUGUCCUCCUCACCCUAUCUCCUUCACCACACCUCUAUCCCACCGUUGACUAUGGUUCCUCUUUCAGAAUCACUAUCAGUGACCAAUGAGGACUAACGCUUCUGGUACGUUUGGUACUACUCACCAUCAUCAUCUUCAUCAUCCUCUUCCUCAUGCUGCGUUCUCUUAGAUCCUGUCACCUCACUGCAUGCCACAAUCCCUCUCUCCUUUUCUUUCAUGUUUUUCUGAGCCCUCCCUAAUGCCUCUUUUAGCACUGCAGACAAACAUACAUGAGCACACACAGCUCACAGUGUGUUAGUGUCACGAUGGUUUUGUUAUUGUCCACUGAAAUCCUUGAAAUCCUUUUAUUCUGGUUUGAGGGUGUAUGUUUCAGUUGGGAUAGGUUUGAGUUGAAAAAAGUCAGAUGAUUCCUCUAGAUACACACACGCAUACACACACACGCAUACACACACAGGCAUACACACACAGGCAUACACACAAACGUGCACGCACACACCUGACCAGAGCUUCCCAUUUGGGGUCAGAAGUCAAAGGUGAUGGGUUUGUGUCAGUGUUGUGUGUUGCCUCAUGACAUCUCACCCAUCCCCAGCCUUGUUGUUUGGUGGCGUGACACUUUCCUGUUCUGUGUUUUUCCUGUCUAGAUGUCAACAUAGGAUUCAUUAGAGGAUAG